AUGCGCCGCGCCAGCCGAGACUACACCAAGUACCUACGCGGCUCCGAGGAGAUGGGCAGCGGCGGCUCCGGCGCCCCUCACGAGGGCCCCUUGCACGCCCCGCCGCCGCCCUCCGCGCCCGCGCCGCACCAGCCUGCAGCCACCUCCCGCUUCAUGUUCGUGGCCCUCUUGGGGUUGGGGCUGGGCCAGGUCGUCUGCAGCGUUGCCCUGUUCCUCUACUUCCGAGCGCAGAUGGACCCUAAUAGAAUAUCAGAAGAUGACACCCGCUGUAUUAAUAGAAUUUUAAAACUCCAUGAAAACACAGAUUUGCAAGACACAAGUCUGAAGAGUCAAGACACAAGAUUAAUGCCUGAUUCGUGUAAAAGAAUUAAACAGGCUUUUCAAGCAGCUGUGGGAAAGGAAUUACAGCAUAUUGUUAGAUCUCAACACAUCCGAGCAGAAAAACCUACCGUGGAAGGUUCCUGGUUAGAUCUGGCCAGAAGGAGCAAGCCUGAGACUCAGCCUUAUGCUCAUCUCACUAUUAAUGCCACCGACAUCCCAUCAGGUUCCCACAAAGUGAGGUUGCCCUCCUGGUACCAUGACCGAGGUUGGGCCAAGAUCUCCAACAUGACUUUCAGCAACGGAAAACUAAUAGUCAACCAGGAUGGUUUUUAUUACCUGUAUGCCAACAUUUGCUUUCGACAUCAUGAAACUUCGGGAGACCUCGACACAGAGUAUCUUCAGCUGAUGGUGUAUGUCACUAAAACCAGCAUCAAAAUCCCAAGUUCUCAUACCCUGAUGAAAGGAGGAAGCACCAAAUACUGGUCAGGGAAUUCUGAGUUCCAUUUUUACUCCAUCAACGUUGGAGGGUUUUUUAAGUUGCGGUCUGGUGAGGAAAUAAGCAUCGAAGUAUCCAAUCCUUCACUACUGGAUCCAGAUCAAGAUGCAACGUACUUUGGGGCUUUUAAAGUACGAGAUUUAGAUUGA